GAAGGCACGGCUCGGCCAAGCCGUCUAGGAAGCCGCGGCGGGUCGCCCAGUGAGGGCAGUCGGAGCCCCGCCAGACCGUCGGGAUUCAGCUCUGGUUGUCGGCGCGAUGCCUCUGUUCACUGCCAACCCGUUCGAGCAAGAUGUGGAAAAAGCCACAAAUGAGUACAACACCACAGAAGACUGGAGUCUGAUCAUGGACAUCUGUGACAGGGUUGGAAGCACUCCCAAUGGAGCGAAAGAUUGCCUAAAAGCCAUAAUGAAAAGGGUAAACCAUAAGGUCCCUCAUGUUGCUCUGCAGGCGUUAACUCUUCUUGGAGCUUGUGUGGCAAACUGUGGAAAGAUAUUUCAUUUAGAAAUAUGUUCCCGUGAUUUUGCAACGGAAGUACGUGCUGUGAUAAAAAAUAAGGCUCAUCCUAAAGUAUGUGAAAAACUAAAAUCUCUAAUGGUGGAAUGGUCAGAAGAAUUCCAGAAGGACCCUCAAUUUAGUCUGAUAUCUGCAACUAUUAAGUCUAUGAAAGAAGAAGGAGUUACUUUUCCUUCAGUAGGUUCCAAGACUGUCUCAGCUGCUGCCAAAAACGGGACAUCAGUGAAUAAAAACAAAGAAGAUGAGGACAUAGCUAAAGCUAUUGAGUUAUCGUUGCAAGAGCAGAAGCAGCAGUACACGGAGACAAAGGCUUUACACCCACCUGCAGAGAGUCAGUUAAAUAAUAAGGCUGCACGGAGAGUCAGAGCCUUAUACGACUUUGAAGCUGUUGAAGACAAUGAACUCACCUUUAAACAUGGGGAAAUUAUUACUGUUUUGGAUGACAGUGACGCCAACUGGUGGGAAGGAGAAAAUCACAGAGGAACAGGGCUCUUCCCCUCCAACUUUGUAACAGCUGACCUAAGCACAGAGGCUGAGACAGCAACGGUGGACAAAUUGAAUGUAGUUGAUGAUGAUGUGGAGGAAAUUAAGAAAUCGGAACCUGAGCCUGUUUAUAUAGAUGAGGGUAAAAUGGAUAGAGCCCUGCAGAUUCUCCAGAGCAUAGAUCCAAAAGAUUCAAAACCCGACUCCCAAGACCUCUUGGACUUGGAAGAUAUUUGCCAACAAAUGGGUCCAAUGAUAGAUGAAAAACUUGAAGAGAUUGAUAGGAGGCAUUCAGAACUGUCUGAGUUGAAUGUAAAGGUGCUGGAAGCUCUGGACCUGUACAACAAAUUGGUGAACGAAGCGCCUGUGUACUCAGUCUAUUCAAAGCUGCAUCCGGCACAUUACCCAUCCACAGCGGCUGGGGUCCCAGUGCAGACAUAUCCAGUCCAGUCACAUGGUGGAAACUACCUGGGUCAUGGCAUUCACCAAGUAAAUGUUGCCCAGACCUAUAACCUAGGACCUGAUCCUAUUGGCUCGCUGAGAUCUCUGCCUCCAAAUAUGAACUCAGUAACAGCACAUACUGUCCAACCUCCAUAUUUAAGCACUGGACAGGACACUGUUUCCAAUCCUCCUUACAUGAGCCAGAGCUCUCGUCUUCAGGCGGCUGCUGGCACAGCUGCGUACACACAGCCCAUGGGGAUGUCUGCAGAGCUGUCUUCUUUCCAGCACACAGCAUCCAGUUUGCCUCAGCUGGCUGGCUUUCCAGUGGCAGUUCCUGCACCUCCAGCUGCACAGCCGCAAGCAAGUUACCACCAGCAGCCACUCCUUUAAAGACAUUGGGACCUGCUGUCUUCAUGGGUGUGCCACUUAACCCAGGGGAUUCUAAUCUGAAUUAUUAAAUUUCCCCUCUCAGUCAAAAAGAACCAUAAAUAAAUAAAGCACAAAACCCUACCUUACCCUGAAGGCCAUAAAAGGGUUGUUUUUCCAGUCCACUUCACUUGAAAAGCUGGUCUGUUGGUCAAAGGCAGCUUGGAUGUUCUGAGUUAGUCUGGCUGUUCUUUCUGGGUCCUCAUUCAGUAGCCUUAUGACACUACAUGGUAUGACAUUUUCUCUUUAAAGAAACCGCUGUUUUCUCUAAGAUGUGAUUUUGAGGAGCACUGAAGACCUUUAAACGUUUUUGUCUGCACUUCUCUCCCCUCUCUCCCGAAUUUCCCACACCCUGUUAUUUUAAAAGGCGAACAUCUUCUAGUGCAAGCCUUUAGCUUGCCAGCGUAUUUCCUGUUGGCUCCUUAAAUUACAGUUGUGUUUGCAGUACUGUCAGGUUUGCUCUCAGUGUAAUGUUGAGUAGUAAUUAGCAUAUACUUGUCUAUAGAAGAAGCAAGAACAAUUUGGAAGGUAAAAAAAUAUUUUCUUUUAUUAACAGUGAAAACCAUGUAAAUGCAAAUAUUGCAAAGUAGUUAGCCAGUUCUCUGACAGCUGAGAGCCAAGGAAUGCCCCACGAGAUGUUAGUCUUCCCUAGGAAGGGCAUUCUCUCAUGCUAGUGUCCCUGGUAUUUAGAAUUGUUUUCUAGGGACUUUGGCAGAUGUCUAGUGAAGGUGCUGUCCUUUGGAUUUCCUGCCUGCCACAUCUGCAGACACUGCACUUUCUUCUUAGAGAUUCUCAGUGAAUCUGAGCCAGGAGACACUCCCCAUACUCUGAUGUGAUAGAAACCAUCAUGGGUGUCAAGUAUAAGGUGGGCGUUAACUUCUUACAGAAGUGAUUGACACUCCAUUGGAAAGCUGUCAUAGUGCCAGGCUUUCACGUGUCAUUGUGAAGGAAUUGUGCAUCCCCUCAGAAGUCAUUCUGAGCCUUUGCAGAAACAGCAGGCAGCGGUUUGGUGGACAGGAGGCUGACAGGAUGAGGUCAGGCUGCUUCUCUGAAGCUCAUGCUUUAAAUUAGUUCAUAGUACAAGUUCCCACGUACCGUGAGGAUUGGUGGUAAACCCAUUGGGAUUUCCUCUUAAGACUGCACAGUACUUUAUAGUAUCAACUUUUUACACAACACAAACUAGAAAACAGAUGCACGUGUUUCAGAUCCAUGAUAUUUACACUGGAAAAUGUUCUAAACUUAAUUUUUAAACAUUUUUACAUGAAUGCACUUCUAUAUAUUUUUUAAGCCCUUAAUCUUUAUUAAAAAAUCCAUUGGGAGACAAUUUGGAAAUUUUGUCAUUUAUCUAUUUACAGAUACUUGGUUAUAAGUACUUUAUUUUUUCAAAGAAACUUUAUUCUAGAACCUACUACUGCAUAAAAUAGCCAGCACAGAAGAGAGAGUAGGCAGUCCCUGUAAGCCUGUAUCUUGUGAAUAUCUGGUUUUCAGGUGCAGGACUCUGGAAGGUGUUUGCAGUCCUGAGUCCUCAUGUUCUGUUACUCGUGUAGCCUUUUCCUUUCAGCUGAGCUCACUGACGUACUUACAAGGAUGGACUGCAACACAGGACCUUCCUGUUUCGAGAACAACCUUCUGCUCUUUAAAGAUUGAAUAAAUGUAAAAGUCCAGAGCUGCUCUUGAUGAUGUUUGUGUAGAUGAACAUGUCUUCCCUUCCUUUCCAAAGUGUGUUUAAUAAGCUCAUGCUAGUGUUUGUGCAUUUCAUGUUCAGUUUUUGUCUAAAUUAUAAAAGCUUUAUUUAGUCAGUGUAAAUACUGCGUACUCAUUAAGUGGGGACCAGCCAGUAAAGCUCAACUGUUUUGGAAUAAUAAAACAUGCCACAUGACCUGCAUAUAAAUAGUGUAUAUUGGUGUCUGUGAAGUUUAAUAUAUGCAGAAAUUUUUUCCUCCUACAUUUUAUUUUUUCCACUCAUAAGUUUGUGUUGCAGAGUUAUUGUUAGCCUAAAAUGAUAUUAAAUCUGUAUUGAUCUGAUUUCAGUAUUAAUACAAAAUGUAAAGAUAUAUAUUUUUCCCAUGAUCCUAUUGAACCUGUACUUAUUUUAAGAUGUUUGUAUCUAUUUAUUUUCUGCCAAAGGAUAGUCUACCUUCAGAUUUCUACAUUGGGUUCAUAUUUAAUGUUUUCUAACAAAAAUUUUUAAAUUAAUUUCAUUUUUCAUAUAAAUCUUGAAAUUCCUAAAAAUAUAUAGAAUUUUAUAGUAUAAAACAUUUCCUUGGGUGUUAUGUGGAAGAUGUUCGAAAAGUCAACAGGCAGCCAGUGUUGUCUUUUUAUUUGGUAAUUUGCUUACAAAGUUACCUACCCAUUAUCUUUUUUGCUUAGCAUUUAAAUUUGUAUUUCCAUUAUGCUAUUUCAAGUACUUGAUAUUUGACUAAUGAUUGUAUUGUACACUGAUGAUGAUAAUAAAGUUUCAUCCACAGUUUGGAAACUAA